UAGUAUUCAAAGCUAUCCCUCUCUCUCUUUAUCGUAGACCGUAGUCGCACACUCAAUCGUCGAGUAACCGCGGACCGGCGCUGUUUGUUGUGUGCACCGUUAUUGUCGUCAACGUAGCAUUCGGUAUGACGACUAUUCGAAAUUAGUGACGUGCUCCGAGUGUGAAAAAGCGCUUUGUUGUGUGACUGUUGAGUUUGCGAUAAGCCGUGUUUUAGUCUGCUGAGUAACGAGGAAGAAAAAAACAAUAACAAUGACCAAAGGUGGAUCGUCGCCCGUACUGGUGGAUAACGGCAGCAAUAAGCCGUCGGAACCCGUAAAGAAGCGUGGCGGGUUCUUCAGCGGAUCGUUCAGGCGUCGCCGCAAUUCCGAUGUCAAGAUCACCGACACGAUUAUCAUCAACGAGAACGUGGCGUUCAACGGUAAUAACAACAACAAUGCCAAAAACGUAAAAGGCGUCGUCACACCCGUUGUUGACGGCCCGCAGCAAGUGGUGGACAAUAAGAAGCCGCCUUUGCAACAGAAACAACCGCAGGCCUCGUUGACCACCGCCGCGACGGACAAGAAAGCGGCGACGUUGCAAAAGAACGAAAUUAAAAAGCAACAACAACAAGUGGCGGCUGAGGAAAAGAAGAAAGCGGAUCAGAAAAAAACAGACGAUAAAAAAAAGGCGGUUAAAAGAGGUAAAACUUACUGUAGCGGUUGCAAGAAGAAGUGUUCCGGCGAAGUGUUAAAAAUUAAAGGCGAUAAAUAUUUUCACAUAGAAUGCUUCAAGUGCACGCUUUGCCACCGUUCACUGGUGCAAGGGUUAUACUUCUCCGAAGACGGCAGUUGGUAUUGCCCGGAAGACUAUCAGAAGCUGUUCGGCAAAAAAUGUACUGUAUGCAACGAUUACAUAAAGGACGAGUUGGUCAUCGUGCUCGGACAGACUUACCAUCAACAAUGUUUCACUUGCUCGCACUGCAGGCAACCAUGCCCGAAAGGAGAUCUAGUCACGUAUGUUGGAAAAUCCAUUUUGUGUUCCAAGUGCAAGGAAAUACCAGUAAAACGGCCGGCGUCGGCCCAAUCUCGGCACACCAAUAACGAAUCAGAUUGCGCGGAGUGUGGUGAAGACUUGAAAAAUGGGCAAGCUCUUUACGCUUUGGAUAAACAAUGGCAUAUUUAUUGUUUUAAAUGUCAUGCUUGCUCUGCUGUACUUCAUGGUGAAUACAUGGGAAGUGUAGUGAAUAGUAAAACUUACCAUCAAUUUUUUAGAGACGGAGUUCCAUAUUGUGAAAAAGACUACCAAAAACUAUUUGGUGUCAAAUGCACAUAUUGUACCAGAUUUAUAUCUGGUAAAGUUUUGCAGGCCGGUGAAAAUCAUCACUUCCAUCCUACAUGUGCAAGAUGUGCCAAAUGUGGUGACCCGUUUGGUGAUGGAGAAGAAAUGUAUUUGCAAGGAGGAGCAAUUUGGCAUCCACGCUGUGGACCCAGUCCAACCGAAAAUGGUACCAUAAUCAAUGGAGGAUCAAAUGCCAUGUUAAAUGGACAUUGUAACGACCCUGAGGAGUUUGAUAGAAUCAGUUGUUCAGCUGCUAGCGAAACACAGUUUUCUUUAAGAUCUCGAUCUCGCGCUUCCAGCUUUAAUGGUUCAUGUUAUAAUGGCUCAUGUAAUAGCAUGAAUAGAAAGCACUAUUAUCGGGAUAUUCCUGGAAGCCCAGGACUGUUGCUUCGAGAAUACAAGACGCCUACUGCACCCAUAAGUCGUAUAUACACAUAUAGCUAUUUGACAGAAGAGCCAACUCAAGGGUAUUUGAAGAAGCCAAUCGAUCCAUAUGAUAAACAGCCCACAUCACCUCAUUUUCACAGACCAACGUCUUGUGGUAGUGUGCGCGGUAGCAGUAAGUGUUCAACAUUGCGUUCGGCUGGCAGUCGUUCCGGUAUGAGAGCUCUUGUAGACAGUAUACGUUCUGAAACGCCUAGACCAAAAUCACCUCAUAGUAUGAACAAUGAAGAACCUAUCGAGUUGGCUCAUUAUCCAGCAGCUAAACCACCAGCGCCUGGUGAAAAACCAAAGAUUGAGAGGGAUGACUUUCCGGCACCACCGUGUCCUUUUACUGAUCCGGAAAAACGUAAAAUUUGGUUUGAUAAUUACAAGGGAAUAUCUGACGAUGAAGAUGAAGUGGAUAAUAAAGUGAAAGACAAAGCAAUAGAUCCUAAAUUGAAAAAAGAGGAAGAAGAGCUUAGAAAAAUGGGAUCGGGUAUUGGAAAAGUGUUUUUGCAGGGAGUACAAGAACGUGAAAAACAUCAGAAAUGGAAGGUCGCACACAUUGAUCCUCGUAAUGCAUCUAGGUGCCCAUCUGCUGCUCGCGAACCUAUUUACCGCCUAAGAUAUCAAUCACCAAUUAAUGCCUCUCCAUCCCGUAAUUUAGACCACCAAAGACCUUGGGAGGAAGAUGGUUAUUUGGAUUCAAGUUACAGGUCAUCUGUUGGUCAAUCCACAGGUGCUAUACCCAGUUAUAACACAUACUAUCAUGGUCAGCAUGGGUCGGCUAUAAUGAUGAGGGGCGCCCGCAAGUCGUGCACUCUUCCGGCCGGUCUCACCGGUGGCCCUGCCAAUUAUAUUGGGGAUGGUUAUUCCAUUAAUGGCUUAGACAAUAAAACACUUAGCACAGAUUUUAACUGCGCUAGGUCAGACGUUUCUGCCGGAUCUAUAUCUGAAGUGGAUCAAGGCAAUACGUGCUCUGAAAUACCUGCGUCGUCUACUUACACCGGAUCAUUACAUUAUGCCACAAACAUUCACCGUUCAUUGCCCAAUAUGUCUUCAUCGCAUCACAAUUCAGAACCUCCAAAAAUCUAUCCCUAUCACUUAUUACUCAUUACAAAUUAUAGGCUGCCUUCCGAUGUAGAUAGAUGUAAUCUCGAACGUCACAUGUCGCCAGCCGAGUUUGAAGCCGUUUUCCAAAUGUCUCCGGCUGAGUUUUAUCAGUUGCCAAAGUGGCGUCGUAAUGAACUCAAGCGUAGAGCACGCCUAUUUUAAUUCCACGUUAUUCACUUUCUGCUACGUAGUCUAAAGGCAAACACUAUAGAUUCUUGACUUAAAAACUUUACCCUGUGCAACAUAUUUAACUGACAAUUAUUAUAUAAUAUUGUAACUCUAGUUACAAUUCAUUCUCAUACCAAAUUUUUCUUUCUUAUUUUGUAUUAUUAUUAUUUGACAUUAGUUUUGAUUUUAAAAUUAUUUAUAAUAUGAUAUACUAAACAAAAUAAUAAGUAUAUACAUAUUACCUAUGUAAAUAUUAAUGUUUUAUUUAUCGAUUUCCUUUUCAAAUUUCUUUUUUUUAGAACACAUUUAUGAUUUACUAACUGAUAAAAUAAAAAUGUCAUUGGGACAACAAUAAAAAUUGUUGCUUACAAAUAUUGAAUAAUGAUAAUUAGGCCGAAAUAUUAUACAAAGAUGUUAAAUUAUUAUUUAAUACAAUACUAAUUUUACUUGUUAUAAUAUUUUAAGUUUAUUUAUUCAACACAUAUAGAAUGAUAAUGUAUAUGUAUAACAAUUAAUACACAUUAUUCUAUUGACGAUUAUCACGAAUAUAUUAAAUGAUGAAUCAAUUGUAGAGCAGCUUAUUCUUCAUAAAGGCAUAUAGUAUAUUAUUAUGUGUAAAGCAAAGUGCACUAUUUGUAAAACAAAAAAAAGUUCCUUUAUAACGAGGAAAAUAAUAUGUCUUAAGUAUAUUUUUAAAUUUGUAUAUUAUUUUAUUUUUGUAAGCAUAGGGUUAGCAUUUGUUGUAACUUUAUGUAUGGAAUUUCAUUUGAUUACAAAUUUGCUAUAUUUAAGUUGAAUUGAGAAUUUAUUAAUCGUGUGUAGGUCAUCGCUGUCGUACGUGUAGUGUUAAAAGUUAACAAUAUUUUAAUUUUACAUUUCAUUGUGGUAUCUGGAAUAUGUAGUAAACUGUGUCGUCUUUACUACGAAUUUGAUUUUUCAAUAAUUUAUUUUUGUGCAAUUUAAACAUCAUCUUUUCAUAUUAGAGAUAUUUUAUAUAAUAUUUUUAUUUUGUAUACACGUAAGAGUUUUGUAAUAAACAAUCUUGGUGAAUCAAUAGUAAUUUUACGUGAAUGGUGCUAGUCUUUUAAUCGAGUCACAGUCAGAGGACAUAUAAUAAAUCACAAUUUUUUUCCAAUAUGUACUUUUUUUUUCUAUUUAUUAUAUUUUAUAAUUAAAAUUAUAUUCAGCUUCUGUACGCAUUAUUAUUAUAUUUGCGAUUUAUUCGAGAUGUCUCCGGCAUGAUAACAUUA